UUCAAAGCGUUAUAACAAGCUUAUUAGUCCGGCUGUUUUCAAUCUGGUAUAUUUCCUACUUCGGGACUUAAUUUAUUCGAGAUGUUGGACUUUUUUACUAUUUUGAGUAAAGGUGGAUUUGUGCUUUGGUGUUACACUUUUCAAGGCAUCAAGACAAAUAUAUCAGAGCCAGUUAACGCCCUGAUAAAAGGUGUUAUUCUUCAGGAGCGAGGUGGAAGUUCUCGCUUUGAUCAUGGAUCAUUAACAUUAAAAUAUAAACUUGACAAUGAAUUUGAACUUGUGUUUGUGGUUGGUUAUCAGAAGAUUUUAUCUCUGACGUAUAUUGACAAAUUUAUCGACGAUGUCCACCGUACUUUUAGAGAUCUUUACCGGCAAAAACUGGAAAAUUCUGGUUUUAUCAAGUUGAUCAAAGAGGAGUUUGAAUAUGGAGAAAAAUUUCUCAAAAUGUUAAAGGCUGCUGAAGCAAUUAAAGUGCAAACUAAAAUGAAGGAUUUCCAUGAAUCUGAAAAAUCUAAGAAAACUGUCAAAUCAUUGAAAAUGGACAAGAAAGAAAAAGAUAAAAAAGUUGAAAAUGAAGUUGUUGCUCCAGUUGUUGUUAAAGCGAGUCCAAAAGCAUCUCCAAAAGCCAGAGGAGGUAAAAUAGUUGGAUCCACAGAGUCUGACGAGGUUUCGAAAAACCGAGAAGCUUUCAUUCAACGACAACUUGGGGGAGGAAAGAAAAAAGAAGCUCCAAAGAAAUCCGAACCUAAGCCUAAAGGCAAGAAAGCUAGAGUGUGGGAGAAUGGAGGAACAACCAAGGAUGAAGCAGCAUAUGAUUACAGCAGUAAAACAAAUGGGGAUUCAGAACAACCACUUGUCAAUGAACGGCAAGAAUUAUUGGACGUAGAACUUGCAAUGGUGGGAACAGCAAGUGGAGCAAUAAAAGAUCUCGAAGUAAAUGAAGAUGAUAGCGAUGAUGAAGAUGAAUAUGAGGAAGAGGAAGUUCAAAGUAAAAAGUCCUCUGGAAUGUUUGGUGUCUUCCGUGGUCUGGUUGGGUCGAAAGCUCUAACGAAAGAGAAUCUGACUCCUGUUCUUGAUAAAAUGCGAGAUCAUUUGAUUGGAAAGAAUGUUGCUGCUGAUAUUGCUGAUAAAUUAUGUCUAUCUGUUGCUGGAAAACUGGAAGGAAAAGUGUUAGGAACUUUCAGCUCUGUUGCAUCAACUGUAAAGCAGUGUUUGAAUGAAUCCUUGGUUCAAAUCUUGACUCCAAAACGUAGAGUUGAUAUUCUUCGUGAUGUAUUGGAUGCUCAAAGAAGCAAGAGGCCUUAUGUUAUUACCUUUUGUGGAGUCAAUGGUGUUGGAAAAUCCACUAAUCUUGCCAAGAUCUGUUUUUGGUUGGUUGAGAACGGAUUUCGAGUCUUGAUUGCUGCUUGUGAUACAUUCCGAGCUGGAGCAGUAGAACAACUUCGUACUCACGUCGCUCGUUUGAAUACACUUCAUCCUGCUGAAAAUCAUGGAGGAAGUAAAACUGUUUUUCUGUUCGAAAAAGGUUAUGGGAAGGAUGCUGCUGGAAUAGCUAUGCAAGCUAUCAAUGCUGCUCGGGAUCAGCGCUACGAUGUUGUGUUGGUUGAUACGGCAGGCAGAAUGCAAGAUAAUGAACCUUUGAUGCGAUCACUUGCCAAACUUAUUGCAAUCAACUCUCCUGAUCUCGUUUUGUUUGUUGGUGAAGCUCUAGUUGGAAAUGAAGCUGUUGAUCAACUUGUGAAAUUUAAUCAAGCUCUUGCUGACUUCUCUCAGAUACAAAAUCCAAGACUCAUCGAUGGGAUUGUACUAACUAAGUUUGAUACUAUUGAUGAUAAGGUUGGAGCUGCUAUUUCUAUGACCUAUACAACUGGUCAACCAAUAGUGUUCGUUGGAACUGGUCAGUCCUAUCCUGAUUUACGCAGUUUGAAUGCAAAAGCAAUUGUACAUGCACUUCUCAAAUAAAUGUUGUGAUUGAUAGAAGAUCAUUGCCUCAAUGAAAACCAAGCAGUUAAAAUUUUGUCCACUUUAAUGAAAGUUUUUUGUUAUUGUUUAAUAUGAAAACGAAUCUAUUAAACAGGGAUAAUAACACUUUAUGCCCUGUUUAUGAGUUGAAUGAUAAAAUUCCAAAUAGUACUCAAUAUCGACAAUCGGAUUUUCUUCAUAGAUUACCUAACAAUGUGAGAGUAUAAAUCUAUCUAUACAAAGGAAAUACCUUUAUUAUUGCAGCAUCUUAUUUGUUCUCUGUUCUAUCUUGUAAAAAUGUCUAUCAGUGGUGUUAUCAUGUUAUCUAGAAUUUUUUGUGCCAAAUGUGAUUCCGGAUUUUUGACAGAUAUUAUAGAGAGAAGGGCUUAUUUUUUUUUUCUUUUGGUGGGGCCUUCGCCCAAAUUUCAAAGUCAGAAAUUACUCAGCAUCAUAUGAAUGAUUUCUGACUAUGUUGGUGUUUACAGAUAUAAAUUAUCAUUGUGUGAUCUGGAAAAAUGUGUUAAAAGUUGCUGACUUACAACAAGUAGAUUGGACCUUGUGAUAAAACCUAUAUGGAGUAAUAAAUAUGUUUGCAUUUUUAACAAACAUUCCAUUUUAAAAAUGGAAUUUCCAAUAUCUUUUCCUACUAAAUUUCCACUCUUGUAGCUUGGCAUCAGACUGUCUCUGAUCUCUGUGCUGCUGUAGAGUAUGAAAAUUCCCUUUGUUGUUUCAGCAACUUCCUGCGUUGUUCAGUGCUUUUGAAAAGAAAUGCAGAUGCAUAUACUGCUGUUUUAUGUUGCAGGAAUUUAAAUAUAAUAUAUUGACGUGGUUGCCUCAUACAG